GGCGCCGCGCCGGCAGGUUUCCGCUGGCUGAGACAUUGGUGCACAGUUGAGACAAUGGAGUCCAUGCUGAAUAAAUUGAAGAGUACCGUUACAAAGGUAACGGCUGAUGUCACCAGCGCAGUCAUGGGAAAUCCUGUUACCAGGGAAUUUGAUGUUGGCCGACAUAUCGCCAGUGGUGGUAAUGGUCUUGCUUGGAAGAUAUUUAAUGGAACUAAAAAAUCAACAAAACAGGAAGUGGCUGUUUUUGUCUUUGAUAAGAAGCUAAUAGACAAAUAUCAAAAAUUUGAAAAGGAUCAGAUUAUUGAUUCUUUAAAACGAGGCGUUCAACAGCUAACCAGGCUUCGACACCCUCGACUACUUACUGUGCAACAUCCAUUGGAAGAAUCCAGGGAUUGCUUGGCAUUUUGUACAGAACCAGUCUGUGCAAGUUUAGCUAAUGUUCUUGGCAGCUGGGACAACCUACCUUCUCCUUUACCAUCUGACAUCAAAGAAUACAAACUUUAUGAUGUGGAGACCAAAUAUGGUUUGCUUCAGGUUUCUGAAGGCUUGUCAUUUUUGCAUAGCAGUGUGAAAAUGGUCCAUGGAAAUAUUACUCCUGAAAAUAUAAUUUUAAAUAAGAGUGGAGCAUGGAAAAUUAUGGGGUUUGAUUUUUGUAUUCAGUCAACAAAUCCAUCUGAACAGGAGCCAAAGUUCCCGUGUAAGGAAUGGGAUCCAAACUUACCAUCCCUGUGUCUUCCAAAUCCUGAAUAUUUGGCACCAGAAUAUAUUCUCUCCGUGAGCUGUGAGACAGCCAGUGAUAUGUACUCUCUAGGUGCUGUUAUGUAUGCAGUGUUUAAUAAAGGGAAACCAAUUUUUGAGGUCAACAAGCAGGAUAUUUAUAAAAGCUUUAGUAGACAGCUGGAUCAGCUGAGCCGUUUAAGCUCCAGUACUCUUCAGAAUAUACCAGAGGAGGUGCGUGAACAUGUAAAGCUACUCUUAAAUGUAGCUCCAGCAGUCAGACCAGACGCAGAUCAAAUGACUAAGAUACCAUUCUUCGAUGAUGUAGGAGCAAUGACGCUUCAGUAUUUUGAUUCAUUAUUUCAAAGGGAUAACCUUCAGAAAUCACAGUUUUUUAAAGGGCUACCAAAGGUUCUGCCAAAACUACCUAAGCGUGUUAUAAUUCAGCGAAUUUUGCCUUGCCUGACUUCUGAAUUUGUGAAUCCUGAUAUGGUACCCUUUGUCUUGCCUAAUGUUCUCCUAAUUGCUGAGGAAUGCACCAAAGAAGAAUAUAUCAGGCUCAUUCUGCCUGAUCUUGGUCCUGUUUUUAAGCAGCAAGAACCAAUCCAGAUCUUGUUGAUCUUCCUGCAAAAAAUGGACUUGCUUCUAACCAAAACUCCACCAGAUGAAAUAAAGAACAGUGUUCUACCAAUGGUUUAUAGAGCCUUGGAAGCACCUUCAAUUCAGAUCCAGGAGCUUUGCCUAAAUAUAAUUCCUACGUUUGCCAAUUUGAUAGAUUACCCAUCAAUGAAAAAUUCAUUAAUUCCAAGAAUUAAAAAUGCAUGUUUGCAAACUUCCUCUCUUGCUGUCCGGGUAAACUCACUAGUGUGCUUAGGCAAGAUUUUGGAGUACUUGGAUAAAUGGUUUGUGCUUGAUGAUAUUUUGCCCUUCCUACAACAAAUUCCAUCCAAGGAACCUGCAGUGCUAAUGGGAAUUUUAGGUAUUUACAAAUGUACAUUUACUCAUAAGAAGUUGGGAAUUACCAAAGAACAGCUUGCAGGAAAAGUAUUGCCCCAUCUGAUUCCUCUUAGUAUUGAGAACAAUCUUAAUCUCAAUCAGUUCAAUUCUUUUAUUUGUGUUAUAAAAGAUAUGCUUAAUAGAUUGGAGGCAGAACAUAAAACAAAACUGGAGCAACUUCAUGUCAUGCAAGAGCAACAGAAAUCUUUGGAUAUUGCUAACCAAAUGAGUGUGUCUGAAGAGGCAAGAUCUAGUAGUACAAGUAAUCAGAUUGACAAGGUGUUUAAUACUAGUGGAACUGACCUUCUAACUAGUGCAUCUGAUACUAAAGAGAAUGAGAUGUCAUCAAAACAGAAAAAGGCAUCACUUACACUUGAAGAGAAGCAAAAGUUAGCUAAAGAACAAGAACAGGCACAGAAACUGAAAAGCCAGCAACCUCUCAAGCCACAAGCAACUGCAAUAACACCUCCAGUGAAGCAGACAAAAGACUUGACAGAUACCUUGAUAGAUAAUAUGUCAUCUUUGACUAGCCAUUCUAUCAACAAAGUUAAAGUUGCAUCUUCAAACAGCUUCUCUUCUGUCCCUUCUAUGGGUGUUGGAAUGGGAUUUUCAUCGCCUAUUGACAACACAAAGAGAAAUAUAACAAACGGACUAAAUCCGACUAUGGGUUUUCAGACUGCUGGAUUCAGUAUGGGAGCUGGUGCCACCACUCAGAAUUUCUUCAGUGGUCCAAGUGCAACAGGAACAACCAAGAUGAACAUUGUACCAACUGCCAAUAUGCCAAAUUACAGUCCUAUGAAUGCUGCAUCUGCGAUGUCUCCACUGACGCAACAAAACAGACCCCCAGAUAUGUCUGCUUUAGAUAAUCUUUUUGGUCCUCAAAAACCCAAAGUUAGUAUGAAACAGUUGGCUCAACAGAAAUCAAGCCAGUGGGUUAAUCAGUUUGUACCCCCACAAGGGUCCCCAAGUGCGAGCAGUUCAGUCUUGGGACCUCAGAUGAACAUGAUAGGACAGCCUGGCUUUGGUAUACAGGGUAAUCCUUUCUUUGCUCCUCAGAACUUUGCACAACCGGCGAACACAAUGACAAACAGCAGCUCGGCUAGUAAUGACUUAAAAGAUCUUUUUGGGUAAAAUGUUUUCUUCUUUCAAAGAUCGAUGAAAUUUGGAUCAUGGGUAAGCUGAUUAACAUCUUUUUUUGAUUAGUAAAAGCAUGACUUGGGGAAACUUUCAGCCCAGCAGAGUAAAGACUUCUGCACUGGAAAAAAGACUUGAUUUUGCAUUCACCUGGUACUGCAGUGGAAUUGCUUAAGUGCAAAGUCAUCUUACAUGCUAAAGAUUUCCUGUCUAUUUACCGAACAUCAGAGCACUGAAGGUAGGAUGCAUAUGCUCAAUCAAAAAAGAAGCAGCUAAGUAUUUCAAAAUUAUUCAGAAGUGUACUCAAUCAACUUCUAUGAAAUUUCGUACAAAAUUUUGUUUCUUAAAUUGAACAAAAAUGCUUAGGGGGUAAUAACACUAGUGAACACAAUCCUGCAGGACAGUCCUUUCAGUGUCUGCUAAAUUCUUACUGAUGAUUUGUGUUGCAUGAAUUUGGCACAAACUGUCAUUUUGUCAUAUGACAGUUUGCAAAAAGUAAAUUCUUAAGCUGCCUCAAGAAGUUUUGUUAGCCAUGUUACAUAGAAAGAUCUUUAACCAGUAACUGUGUAAGAGGCUAAGAAGAGAAAGUAUUUUGUAUCUCUUAUCUUAUAAGGUGAUUAAGGUGGUAGUAAACUACAAGAAGAUUCAGGAGGCAUAAGAAGUUGUUUUAAAAUUUGGUGCAAGUUUGGGACAGAGUAAGAACACUGCUCCAAUGGUCAUGCUGGUUUACAAACUGUUUUGUAAUGCCAGAUCCUUGUUACCAGCCCCACAGCAAAAGCAACAUACCACUUAAGCAGGAUUUUAAAAUACUUGUGGUGACUUGAUCACAUCUAUUAUAUAUUCCAGUGUUUUGGCUAAUUUGAUACUGCUUCUAACUGGUGUGAAAAAAGACUGUGAGUAGUUAUGGAACCUCCUAAAACGAAUGUUCUCUGUAAAAUUCAGAUGUUGACUGCCCCAACUGUGUAACUAAGCAGUUCAGUGUAAAUAAACAUACACUGUUUAGUUACACAGAAAUAUCUUGAAUUACUUCAUAGUUUUUGGCUCCGUUGAGAAGAUGGAAAAGGAUUGCCUCAUGCAAGUUGCACAUGGUUGUGUGAAAAAGCAGACUGCCAUAAAUUGCCUUGACUAGAAUAAACUAUUUAAUUUUAGUUUUGUUUUAACUUACGUCCUUAUGAAGGAUAGAUUAAUAUGAAGCAAGUUCUCAAUUACAGAUUUGUAAGCUCUAGACUAUAUGGUAAACACACAGGUAUUUCAGAUCCUUUUUAUUGUAUUACUCCAAAUUUAAUAAAGCUCUCCA